CUGCACAAACACUGUGUCCUGCACGCACGGAUCUAUGAGCGCGCGUCACCCUGCUGUCACGAAAAAGGUGUAUCUCUGAAUGAGAUGGCCAUGUUACCGCCGUGCAGUCGGACCGUCCUAUUGGCUGCGGCCUUCUGUUUCCUGCCUUGUAUCACUUCCUCUCUGAGCCUGGAGGAUCCAAAUGUCUGCAGCCACUGGGAAAGCUACUCUGUUACGGUGCAGGAAUCGUACGCGCACCCCUACGAUCAGAUCUAUUACACCAGCUGUGCAGAUAUCCUCAACUGGUUCAAGUGCACAAGACACAGGGUGAGCUAUCGCACAGCCUACCGUCGAGGGGAGAAGACCAUGUACCGGCGGAAGUCACAGUGCUGCCCAGGAUUCUACGAGAGCGGCGAGAUUUGUGCCCCUCAUUGUGCAGAGAGUUGUGUGCACGGUCGCUGCGUGGCCCCAAACACCUGCCAGUGUGAGCCGGGCUGGGGGGGCUCCAACUGCUCCAGCGCGUGUGACGGGAGCCACUGGGGCCCUCACUGCAGUAACAGGUGCCAGUGUCAGAACGUGGCGCUGUGUAAUCCCAUCACCGGGGCCUGUAUUUGCACUCCUGGCUUCAGAGGCUGGCGCUGUGAGCUCCGCUGUGACGUGGGCACCUACGGUAACGGAUGCCAGCAGAAAUGCCAAUGCCAGAACGGAGCCGAAUGUCACCAUGUGACUGGAGAAUGCAAGUGUUCGCCAGGAUACACCGGAGCUUUCUGUGAAGACCUGUGCCCACCAGGUAAACACGGACAGCAGUGUGAGCAGAGGUGUCCGUGUCAGAACGGAGGAGUGUGUCACCAUGUGACCGGAGCGUGCUCCUGUACUGCGGGAUGGAUGGGUACCGUGUGUGGACAGCCGUGUCCACAGGGGCGUUAUGGACAGAACUGUUCCCAGGAAUGUCAGUGUCACAAUAACGGGUUCUGUGUGUCGGCCAGUGGACAGUGCCUCUGCAGCCCCGGAUACACCGGAGAACGGUGUCAAGACGAGUGUCCGGUCGGCACGUAUGGCACCGGCUGUGUCGAGACGUGUCACUGUGGGAAGAACAGCAAGUGUUACCACACCAACGGAGUGUGUCUGUGCGAGCUGGGCUACACGGGAGAGGCGUGUGAGGUGCGACUGUGUCCUGACGGCCGUUACGGCAUCCAUUGCAACAGGAAGUGCCCGUGCUACGCUCAAAACACACGCAGCUGCCAUCCCAUGUCAGGGGAGUGCACAUGUGAGCCUGGCUGGUCAGGACUCUACUGCAACGAGACGUGUCCCCCGGGAUUUUUCGGCGAGUCUUGCCAGCAGGUUUGCCAGUGCCAGAAUGGUGCAGACUGCCACGGCGUGACUGGAGAGUGUGUUUGUGCUCCAGGCUUCAAGGGUCGCAGCUGUUCCGUGAGCUGCCCUCUGGGAACAUACGGCACAAACUGCUCCUCCAGCUGUAGCUGUAAGAAUCGGGCUCAGUGCUCCCCUGUGGACGGAUCCUGCUUGUGCCAGCCAGGCUGGCAUGGAGUGGACUGUUCCAUCAACUGUCCCAGUGGGACGUGGGGUCCGGGGUGUAACCUCACUUGUCUGUGCGGAAACGGGGGUGCGUGUGACGCUCUUUACGGUCACUGUACCUGCGCUCCGGGCUGGAGGGGGCAUAUCUGUGAGCUGCCAUGUCAGGACGGCACCUACGGCAUGGACUGUAGGGAGCGCUGUGACUGCAGCCACGCUGAUGGAUGUCACCAUGUGACAGGACACUGCCGUUGCCUGGCUGGAUGGACAGGUAUUCACUGUGACAGUGUGUGUGCUGAGGGCCGCUGGGGUCCGAACUGCUCCCUCCCGUGUACCUGUAAGAACGGAGCGUCGUGCUCCCCGGAUGAAGGGACCUGUGAGUGCGCUCCAGGAUUCAGAGGCGCCACCUGCCAGAGGAUCUGCUCGCCGGGUUACUUUGGUCACCGCUGCAGUCAGACGUGUCCGCAGUGUGUCCACAGCAACGGGCCGUGUCACCAUGUGACCGGACAGUGCGACUGUCUUCCUGGGUUCAAGGGGGCGCUGUGCAAUGAGGUUUGUCCGAGCGGUCGCUUCGGGAAGAACUGCAUGUGGAGCUGCAGCUGCACCAACAACGGUACCUGUAACCCCAUCGAUGGGUCAUGUCAGUGCUACCCGGGAUGGAUCGGCAGCGACUGCUCUCAGCCGUGUCCUCCUGCUCAAUGGGGUCCAAACUGCAUCCACACAUGUAACUGUCACAAUGGAGCUCAGUGCAGCGCUUAUGAUGGAGAGUGCAAAUGUACGGCGGGAUGGACCGGACUGUACUGCACACAACGCUGUCCGUUAGCUCUGUACGGGAAGGACUGUUCUCAGGUCUGCCAGUGCAGGAACGGAGCCGACUGUGACCACAUCAGCGGACAGUGCACGUGUCGCACGGGCUUCAUGGGGCGACACUGCGAGCAAAAGUGUCUCCCCGGGUCGUACGGUUACGGCUGCCGGCAGGUGUGCGACUGUCUGAAUAACUCCACCUGCGAUCACAUGACCGGCACCUGCUACUGCAACCCGGGAUGGAAGGGAGCUCGAUGUGACCAAGCUGGCGCAGUGGUGGUUGGCAGCCUGAACAGUUUGACCAGUGCAGCCGUGCAGGUGGACACCUACCAGAUCGGUGCCAUUGCAGGAAUCAUCUUCUUGCUGCUGCUAGUGCUCUUCCUCCUCCUCCUCUUCAUCAUCUACAGGAAGAAGCAAAAAGGCAAAGAGCCCGUUGUGCCUGCUGUCACCUACACACCAGCUGUAAGGGUCACCACUGACUACGUCAUCACAGAUGUCAAUCCAGCCCCGCAGGAUUCUCAUCCCAGCAACUACUUCUCCAACCCCAGCUACCACACUCUGACGCAGUGCUCGGCCACACCACAUGUUAAUAGACGCCUGAUACGGAAAGGAAAUAUAAAGGCCCUGUCAGAUCUUGACGAUUUAUCGACUAACAACAAGCAGCUCUUUGUCAACAUGAACCACCCGGACACUCUGCCCGCUGAAUGGAAACAAGGAAAUGGAUUCGGCGAUCUGGGAGCCUACGGGGUCGACAGGAGGCACACAGAGAAGUCUUUACGAGAUCUGGUGAAGGACACACCCUAUCACGCCAGCACCUCUUCUCUCAGCAGCUCCGAGAACCCGUACGCCACCAUAAAGGACCCCCCACUGCUCAACGUCAAAAACACAGAAUGUGGCUACAUGGAGAUGAAAUCACCGGCCAGACGGGACUCACCGUACGCAGAGAUCAGCAACAGCAGCCCCACCAAUAAGAACAUCUAUGAAGUUGAGCCCACUGUGAGCCCCGCCCACCCUGCAAAUGCCACCGACCCGUAUGACCUACCGAAAAACAGCCACAUCCCGUGUCACUACGACCUCCUGCCGGCCAGAGACAGUCCCACGUCAGAGCACCAUGAGCUGGACUGACUCAAGAGUGCACGUGCAUUCUCCUCGUGCACCAUGAACAAUGUGGCUGUGUGAGGGCGGAGCUUAUUUUUGAGUGUUCAAAGUAUGACAAAGGCUUCAUGGCUCAUUGCACACGUCUGGAACUUGUUAGCAUGUAGCAUUGUGCAGCAAUCAAAGGUCUGUUUUUGUAACAGUAUUAGUCUACAGUUUGCCUCAGUCAGAGUGUGGAGGCGGCAGGUGUUUGGUGACGAGCCACUGCUGGCGCUGGACGAGCUCGUGAUGAUCACACAUCAUACAGCGGUUGAUGGAUUAGUGCUCAAGUUAACCAAAGGUACAUGUGCCAUUAAAAAAUCAUUUAAAUUCAGAUCAAUGUCAUCUGUCAAAAUGUGACACUUGCGUCACGGCACAGUGGAUUCGACUCGCUCUGUGUGCGCAGAGUUCACGGAUCACGUGCACUUUUCAUUGUGACUGUGCUGACUUCAUUGCUAGGACUGCAGGUGGCGCUGUCGUACAAAGCCCGUCUUUUAAAAAAAAGCCACAAAAAGAAGAAGAAACCUGCAGUUGCUCAGUUUUUUUCUUUUUUCUUGAGGCACUUUCUCAAACUGUUUCAAACAACAAGAAAAGUAUUUUUCCUGUGCACUAGCUGGAGAAUUUUUUACUUCAUUCUCUAUUUUUUGAGUUUGUCAGUCUGUGCACGUUUGUAUCACUCCAGAGUCCGGCCGUAUUCGACCGCCAGCACACCGUGUAAAUAUAUGCCCAAAAAUACUCCAAAACUAAUUCCAAUCUGCGUCUUUUUGGAAUUUUUGAAUCACUGUGAAAAAUUUAACUUGUUUUGCAUUUUAAAGAACCGUUCAGAACAUCGGUUACAGUUCCUACUUCAGAUCCUGAUAGUUCCUGGUUUUGAAGAGUACGAGCAACUUGAGGAACAGAUGAUUUUUUAAUUUUUUUUAAAGCUCCACCAAUUUCUGUGACUGUGGUGCAACAUUGUGUGUGUGUGUGUGUGUGUGUAUGGUGCAUGUGAACACAUGACAGCUCCUGAUUGGCUAAAGCGUGUGCCCGGUGGGUGACUUUAUAAACAGUAGUAAAAUCAUAAUGUUAAGGCUCAAAUUUAAGGUCCUUCAAGGAACCAGAAUUUAGGCUUUGACACAAACAUGAUAACAUCUUGCAGGGUGUUCUUGAUCUACUUCACUCUUUCAUCCGCCCUCCGCGUUCUGCUCCCGAGUUGAUCUGCGCCCAACAGUUUGGUCACAUUUUUACAUUCAAGAGUAUGUUUUUUGAUCAAUGUGAUUACACGUCCUGAAAACACGUCAGCAGAACCCCCCCCCUCCCCCCCAACUCCUAAAAGAACUGAAAACUAUAUAUAUAUAUAUAUAUAUUUUUUUUUAAAUGUGAAUAAUUUUUUUUCCUCUUAAGACCAAAACAGUAUUUUCAGACCAACCAACUUUCAAAAAAAAUUACAAUUAUUCAGAUCGUCGUCUGGUGUUUUGGACUCGAUACAUUCCUCCUUUAACCGUUUUAAUUUUCAGACUAGCUGUAAAUGAAAUCCAAAAAACUGACUGAUUAAAAGGUGAUGUGCAAACUGGAGCUGCGAAGCUGUUGAUUGUAGCCACUAGAUGGCAGCAACAGCAGGAUUUUCCUCCAGGGUGUGCGUGUGCACGAGCUCCAGUGCCGCCUAUGAAGAGUCCCAUUUACUCUGUGUGAUGAUGUAACGUCACGUCAUAAAGCUGUUGCUGCAGCAGCUAAACUUUAAAGGACUGGAAUCGGGAAAGCUUAAGCUGGACUUUAGCUUUUUUUUUUUUUUUUUUUUUAAGGACCGACAAUCAAUGAAACAUCACGUGCAGAUUGCUCACGUUUUUUCUCCUUUCCUGCCCUUUAUUUAGAUUUUUUUUUUUCCCUCCUUGUAUUCUAUUUGUUUUGAGCUACUUUGAGCUGGUUUUCUGUCAGAGAUUUAAUAACAGGACCAGGCUCGGUCAUUAAUGUUUUUAUUUAAGCUUGAAAAACGGUUUGUCGUGGAAACGAAGAAAUAUGAACUUUGUACUCUGAAGACAUUUAUUCUGUAACUUCUAAUCUGCCAGAGAUCUUUGUAUUUAAAUGAGCACUAAAUACAUCUGAGCUUCUGGAGUUUAGUCGUUUUUGUUUGUACAUUUCUACAUAUUUACACAGACUGCAGUUAUUCUCGUCCCAAAUGAAGGCAGUUUUAUCACUUCCACUGAUAUACUUUUGUUUUAAAGUUUUUUCAUUAGUGUUUGCAGUCGUUUUGCAAUAAAGUGAGAAAUUUAAAAA